AUGUUUUAAUUUGUAUUAGAUGCUUCAGCUGAAAAAAAUUUCCUCACAUCCUAACUAGACAGUUAUUUGACUCUUUUCUUAAAUGAUCUGGAGAAUAUUCAGAAAGGUUAAAAGUUUAAAGCCAAAUGCAGGGGGCUAAAUUCAAUAUCCGAAGAAAAAGCUAUAUUUCAUUCAUGCUAUAUCUGGAAUCCAGUAAUUCAUAGAUGUUAAUUUUAUGGAGUGAGAGAAAGGAUGUAUAAGUAAGAGAAUAAAUCUCUAAAGUAAAAGAGACAUUAAUUCUUAAGAUCAGUUAAAAAGUAAAAUCAAAUUUUUGGGCAAUUCAUUAUUUCAGCUGAUAGAACUCUAUCCAACAUUUAUCAAAAUUUAAAGGCUUUACCAACAUUCCCUCGAAAAUGUUGUUGUAUAUUUCAUAUAAGUUUGCUCCACAUAUAAAUAUUGUAUCAAGCUAAUUAAGCUGAAUAGGAUAAAAAUUUCAUCAAUAAAUUAAAAAAAUUAAUUUAUGUUUUAAAAUCAAGAAUGACUUAAAAAUAAGAAAUUGCUUUUAUAUAAAACAUAGUGCAACGUUAAGAUAUAGAUAACACGAAUAUAUUUUAUAGAGGAUAUGGAAUGAUACAAGUGUUUAAAUUACCUGAUUUAAUCAAAUUUGAUCUAAGUGGAUUUGGAACUUAAUUGCUCAAUAUUUUUUUUUUCCUUAUGAUAAAUAGAUUUUAUUGCAAGCACUUAUUUUUAAUUUAAAGUUAUUGGAAACUCAAUUAAAUGUAUUUUUAAUUUCAAUUUUGA